AUGUCUGACCGCGAGUUUAAUGCUACGGUCCAGAAGAUUAUCUCUGAGAUUUUGCCAUCUAAUGGACAGACAUUUUCUAAGGAAGCCCGUGACUUGCUCAUGGAGUGUUGCGUUGAAUUCAUUACUUUGAUUUCGUCCGAGGCGAACGAUAUCAGCGAAAAGGAAGCCAAGAAGACCAUCGCUUGUGAACACGUGGAGAAAGCACUUCACGAGCUUGGAUUCAGUGAAUUUGUUGGUCCAGUUCUCGCCACUGUGGACGAGCAUAAGGAACAGCUCAAGUCUCGUGAGAAGAAACAAAGCAAGAUGGAGCAAAGCGGGCUGUCGGAGGCAGAGCUCAUGCGACAGCAGGAAGAGCUUUUCCGAUCAGCUACGGAGAAGUACAAUGCGGUUCCCGAAUCGAAAUUGUUUGUCACCAUUCCCGAUUGGGAAUGGCGCGCGGAAAAAGAGGCCGGAAAGGCAAAGGCGGCGGCCGAGGCGGUGGUAAAGGAAGCAGAGGAGGAGCAGCUGCAAAAGCAAAAGGUCGAUGAGCAUAUUUUGCUGAUUGCGCCAGGUUCGCAAAUGACCUUGGCGCAGCUUGGUCUGCCCGAACAAUUCACCCCGGCGCAGUUUCGCUUCCCAACGCGCAUGUUUCCAGCCCAGAAUGCUGGUGAAUUCGAACCGUACAAAGUGCGUGAACGGCGCCGCGAAGUUAACUCCAACAAUGGCACCGACGCGCCCAAGGAGCUCCCCAAACGCGUGGAGACAAAAGAUGCUGGCGAGGCUGCCAAUGGUAGCUCGGCGGAAAAGACCGAGAAGUCGAAUGAACCUGCAGUUGAAGAUUCUAAGGUAGUGGAGAACCCUGAAGCUACCCAGGCUGCGCCCGAGAUCCUUUACGAGGAGGACGUUACAUCGGAGGAGGGCGCCAUCUACCCCAUUGAAAAUGGGCGCAUCGUCAACUGGCCCUGCUUCUUUGCUCUGUUGACACAUGUCUACAAUGCACUCAGCCCUCAUCUUCAUACGCCGAUCCUCAUGAUUGCUGAGCCAGUCUGGUCGCGCAGCGACCGUGAAGCUAUCGUCCAGUUCGUGUUCGAAAAGUUUAAGGUCCCAGCCUUCAGUCUACUGGACUCUGCUGUGGCUACAUGCUUGGCUUAUGCUGUGCAGACCGCUCUUGUGGUCGAUGUCGGCAAGGGAAAGACUGAUAUAACUGCAGUCACAGAGUUUGAGGUCAACCCUCAUGGUCGAGGUGUUGCGUUGAAAGGGUGCGGCGGCGAUGCGAUGACUGAUCGACUUGUGGAGCUGCUGGGUCCCAAGGGAUUCACCCGUGAGAUGUGCGACCAGCUAAAACGCAGCAACAUUUCCGAGAUUCUUCCCCCUGGUACACCGCUUCCAGGCUCAUCGACCACGGCCCGUCAGAGCGUUAAUCCUGCUGCGGCUGCCUCGACUGGAGUUCCUGAGGCCAAUCCUCUUGCUCCCCGUGGUCCGGGAGAAGGAACACAGACUGGCACUGAUACCAACGGCGACGAAGAUGAAGGUGUUCUGGAUGUCGCGGCUAUUGUUAGUGGUAAUACCACCGAGUACCUGGCCAACAUGGAAAAGGAAAAGUCGAGCAACAAGAAAGCCGCACCGGACCCUAAGCAACCUCGUCUCCCCAAUUCCAAGAAGGACAAGGCUUCAUUCCAAUUUGAAGACUUCAAGCAAAUGGAGGGCGAAGAUACAUCUGGAGGCCCCACGCGCUAUAUCCGUCACUCUCGAGAAAUCGAAGUUGGCAUUGAGCGUUUCCUCCUUGCAACGCCUCCGCAGAAUGAUGGAGACCCUCUCCUCGGUGGCAUCAUUGAGUAUAUUGCGACUCAAAUCUACCAUACCAUUGCGUCUGUCCCAGAUCCCACUAAGCGCGGCGAGCUGUGGGACUCUAUUAUCAUCGUUGGAUACGGCAGCAAAGUCCGAGGAUUUGUUCAAUCCCUGCUUGGUGUUAUUACACAAAAGUACGUCCUUUCUCCGUCUGCAUCGAUGUUUACGUCCGAAAUCCCUUCGGCCUUUUCCACACCUAUCCCAAGCGGUACCAACACCCCCGCUCCUCAGUUGCAGAUGUUCCAUCCCACUGCACCCGGUGUGAACCCACUCCUUGUGGCCGCUACCCACAACCAGCCUGGCAUGGCCAUGCCACCCUCAAUGGACCCUAGCAUGGUCUCCCAUUACCGCUCAACCGGCCACUCGCAAAAUCCUCACUCUGUGAAGACGCUACGACUCCCGGAUUACUUCCCCGAGUUCAAGGACCUAGGAAACAUCAACACUCCGGGCGUCAGCACUGGACCUAACGGUCAAUCCCAGAGCGGCCAUGGUUAUGAGGAGGCUGUGUUCCUCGGUGCGCAGCUGGGCGCUAAGGCCGUCUUUGUGCUUGACCAGGGUGUCACCAAGGGGGGCUACAUGAGUCGUAUUGAGUACAAUGAAAGUGGACCAUCGGCCAUUCAUGAGUGCUCUUGGUAA